AACAAUAAGAAUCUAGAAGCGCAGCACUCAUCACAAAUAGAGAGAUAGAGAGAUAAAGCAGCAAAUCUUCAUUUUCCAUUCAUUAGACAUCAAACAGCAAUGGCAACUCAGACAAUCUUAGCUGCUGCAACAACAGCAACAUCAUCUAAACCACUUAUAUCUUCAUCAUUCUCAAACCCAAUUCCUCUUUCAUUCUCUUCUAUCAGUUUCCCAACAUCAAAACGUUCAUCAUCAAGGUCUCUUACUGUUGUUUCAGCAUUGAAAAAAGCUGUUGCUGUACUUAAAGGAACUUCUACUGUUGAAGGAGUUGUUACUUUAACUCAAGAAGAUGAUGGUCCAACUACUGUGAAUGUUGAGAUUUCUGGGCUAACACCUGGACUUCAUGGAUUCCAUCUUCAUGAGUUUGGUGAUACUACCAAUGGAUGUAUAUCAACAGGUCCACAUUUCAAUCCGAAUGGAUUGACACAUGGUGCUCCUUGUAAUGAAGUCCGCCAUGCGGGUGACCUGGGAAACAUAACUGCUAAUGCUGAUGGAGUGGCGGAGGCAACAAUAGUGGAUAGUCAGAUUCCAUUAAGUGGACCAAAUGCAGUAGUUGGAAGAGCUUUGGUUGUUCACGAGCUUGAGGAUGACCUUGGAAAGGGAGGCCAUGAGCUCAGCCUUAGCACAGGAAAUGCAGGUGGAAGAUUAGCGUGCGGUGUUGUUGGUUUGACUCCAGUUUAAGCCCAUUCGUUGGAAUCGUUCUGGUUGGUGAAUAUUUGCUUUCUAUGUUUUCCUCAUGUUACUCUAGUUGAAAAUUAAGUUGUUUUUGAAUUCGAAAAAGGCUGUGGUUGCGAAAAAAUGUCAGAAAAUCCACGAAUUGUAGUGGACAUUUACAUGUUUCUGUAAGUUACUCUUUGUAAUGAAAUAGUAUCAAUGCUGAAGAUUGAAGAUAUGCUAAGCUUAUCGAGUGCAUUGGCACUGAUCACAU